CUUUCUUUUCACUCUUUCUUUAUCCCUAUCCACUGCCUCUUUCCCUCUUAGUAGUGGGGAGCAUAAAGAAAAGUGAUAUUUUUUCUCUCUCUCUUUGGAGUUUCUACUUUAAUCAUCUCGAUUUAUUUUCAUCGGGUUUUGCUUGUGGUGAGGAGGAAGAUGGUGCAGAUGUAUGGUUGGUUGGGCUCGAACAAGUUGUAGUGCCUACUUCGACAAUAGACGACAUGGUUGGGGUGGGUUCCCUGGCUAAACUUUCUACCCAAAAGCUGGAGCAACAUAUCGAACUUCUUAGAUGUUUUGAAGCACAAUUGGGCAGUCCUCCGAGGUCUAUUUGCUCCCUUGUAGCAAUUGAUUAUACAAUCUCUGGUAAUUGAUGACUCUUUAUACUUAACUAUCCAUAUAUGUCACGGAUGAGAUCAUCUGUUACUAGUGUUAUGUGUUUAGCCUAACUUUAUUAUGCUUAUACGGUUUAAUUUAUUGAGAUUUCUAUGUUAUUUUUUUUAGUUAUGAAUUUUAUUAAUUUCUUUCAAAAAAAAAAAUGAUAAAUGCGAUAAUCUUGUGCUUCUUAUUUAAGAAAAAUGGAUAGUGCUUUGUUGUGGUCUCUCACAAUUGUUUGGCGUCUUAAGCAAAAGAGGUUUCCUCAUCCCAUGGGUAGUUUUCCAUUUAUCGGCAUGAUGGUUAGCAGUAAGGACUGGUGGUUUGGUCUGGUUUCUCAGAGGGGCGAAUGUUGAUGGUUCUUAGAUGACUAUUUUUUCUUUCAGUUGUCUUCUAUGGGUGAAUUAUUGAGACUCGUUUGGGGCACUAGAGUUAAGAGUGCCAUACACAGGAGUAAAUGAGGGGGUUGUGA